CGAAGGGCUCCGAUGGACUGAUUGCUGCUCUCCUUCCCCCCCACCCCCAGGACAUGGAGAAGCGUGGCCGGCACGGGUGCGGGAUGGCCAGCGGGGGGAUGCCCCGGUCCCGGGUGCUGGGGAACCUCGGCAGCACCAGAAAUUGCCUCUGCAAAAUGAGCCAGCUUCCUUCGAAGAGUCCUCUAGCAUCCCUGGUGUCAGAGGGCACGAAUUCCAGGGUAGAGACUUUGGACAACUUGUCAAUGGACAGUUUUUGGCUGGAAGUAGAGAACAUUAAACAGAGCGCUGAAGCUGAGCAAGAGGAAUGCAGCCUUGCAGAUGGCAAAACUCAAGAGGAGGGAGAAGCUGAAGCCGAGUGGCUCCAGGACGCGGGUCUGUCCGACCUCCUUGGGGACCAUGCCUCAGAGAAUGACAACAUUGGGCUGCUCUCCACCCUGACCAAGACCCAGGCUGCUGCUGUGCAGAGGAGGCUGGACACCUACUCCAGGUCUCGGAGGAGGAAGAACAAGCAUCCUGUGCGGGACGUCCGAGACAUUUUUGGAGUAGUCAGCUCUGAGGAAACAGCAGGAGGGAAAGAAGAAUCCAGCCCAAAUCAGUUGUGGCACAAUCUGCGGACUUCAAGUGCACAGAGAACAGAAACCCAGGAUUACUCCUGCCAAGUUCGAAACCCUGGAAAAGAGGAGUUGUUCAACAUGGAUGUUGCCUACUCAGAGCAAGCAGCUGUCCUGCUCAAAGGAUCAUUCCUGUCUGAAUCAAGGAGGUUAAAGGAUGGAAACACCCUAACUAAGUUUAAGAUCCCCAAGGGCAGAUUAGGAGUGACCAGGAUUGGAGAUCUAUCUGCUCAGGACAUGAAGAAGAUCCCCACAUUGGCCCUUAUAGAACUGACAGCUCUUUGUGAUGUUCUGGGCUUUGAGCUGAAGAGAAACAAGACAGUAAAACUGAAAACAACAGAGAAAAGACUCUUUGGAGUUCCACUCAACACCCUGUUGGAAAACGACCAAAAACUGCUUCCCAACACCAAGGUCCCUCUGUUACUCCAGUCACUGCUGUCCUGCUUGGAGAAGAGAGGACUUGAAACAGAGGGCAUUUUGAGAGUUUCGGGGUCCCAGACCAGAAUCAAGAGUUUGGAGCAGAAGCUGGAAAGGGACUUCUAUACAGGCCUUUUCCGCUGGGAUGAAGUCCACCAGAAUGAUGUAUCUGGGCUACUGAAAAGAUUCAUCAGAGAGCUGCCAGCCCCACUGCUGACAGCAGAGUACCUCCCUGCAUUUGCUGCUGUACAAAAUAUUCCAGACCUGAAACAAAGAUUGCAAGCUCUAAACCUCCUGAUCCUGAUUCUGCCAGAGCCCAACAGAAACACUCUAAAGGCUCUGCUUGAAUUUCUCAGCAAAGUGGUUGCCAGGGAGAACAACAACAAAAUGAACCUCUGGAACGUUUCCACAGUCAUGGCCCCAAACCUCUUCAUGCACAAGGGGCUGCCCAACAAGAUCCCUGAAGGGAAGGAGAAGCAGCUGGCAGAGGGGGCGGCCGACGUCGUGCGGAUGAUGAUCCAUUACCAGGACUUGCUCUGGACAGUCUCCUCUUUUCUGGUAGCUCAAGUGAGAAAACUGAAUGAGAGCAAUAACAAAAAAUAUCAGUUUUAUGACAAGAGAAUUAAAAAUUUGUUGCGGAAAAUUCAUGCUGAUAAAGACAAAGUGGAAAAGAACCAGACAGAGCCUUCCAAGAUUGUGAAAGUCCAUGCUUCUCUUCUCCUGAAGGAUUCACUGGAGGUGCAUUUGAACAAUGCAACCAGAGUUGCUGAUGUCUUGAGGCAGUUUCAAAAGAAUCUGUGCCAGAAUGGCUGGAAUAUUGUUAACACUGUCAACCUCCUCAAGUGUAACAACUCAAUGGAGUGCAGUAAUUUGCUCCUGUAUGAAGUAGGAGGCAAUAUUGGUGAACAUUGCCUGGACCCAGACACUUAUCUCUUAGAUUUGUACCACAUCAAUCCCCAUGCUGAGUGGAUAAUUAAGCAAAACCCAUCUUAUCCUCGGAUGUUUUAAGGGAAGUAUGAGGAAAACAAAGCAUUUGGUGGAAGUCUUUGGAAUACAUGGAAAAGCUAUAGAGAUGUUCCUGAUAUAGUCCCAGACUGGACAAUGCUUGUGUCUUUGAAGGUCAAACAGCUUUGUGUAGUAAUUCCAUUACAUCUGGCUGUGAAAGUGCACAAGCCAACAUGCUAACAGGCAAGUUAUCAUAACAGGCAGCAAUUACCAUCAUGGAGCAGAAUUUGCAGGGGGUAUGACACAGCUUAAACAAAAUAUCCCCACAGGAAAAAAAAAACCUGCAAAAAAAGCUACAGUGAUUCUGUAGCAAUGUCAUCUCAAAGAUGGUAGAAGAUUUCUUUUUCUCUGGAAUUGCUCUCCUGAACACAUCCAUAUUUUGGAGGAGAGAGACUCAAAUGCUGCAGUGGUACUAAUGGCAUCCCUUUGGUAAGAUCCACUACAACUGUUGUACAACACCAGAAGAAGUUGUGAGCCUGGGUUUUGCUAAUGAGAUUCUGUUACAUUAUUUGAAGAACUUAAAAGGAUGCUUCCAAAAAGGCCAGGUGGGAUGUGAAGCCAAUGUAUUGAAUGACUACAGUUAAAUACAUAAAUGCAACACAAGAAAAAUAUUUUCCUUGGGGAAAAAAGUAUAGGAUGGGCAUCAGGCUUUCAAACAUAUACAGCAUGGUGGAAGAGAUGCCUG